AUGACGAAGAUUAUCGACAUCAUGAAGGCGCGGGAGGAGAAGGGGGAGCAGUACUUCUCGUUCGAGUUCUUCCCGCCCAAGACCCCCGAGGGCGUGACGAACCUGUUCGAGCGCAUGAAGCGCAUGGUGAAGCUGCAGCCGACCUUCUGCGACAUCACGUGGGGCGCGGGCGGGUCCACCGCGGACCUGACGCUCGACAUUGCCAGGCGCAUGCAGCAGGAGGUGGGCGUGGAGUGCAUGAUGCACCUCACGUGCACCAACAUGGAGAAGAGCAAGGUCGACGAGGCGCUCGCCAAGUGCAAGGAGUACGGCAUCACCAACAUCCUGGCCCUGCGCGGCGACCCGCCGGCGGGGCAGGAGCGGUGGACGGCCGUGGAGGGCGGCUUCACGUGCGCGCUGGACCUGGUGAAGUACAUCCGCGAGCAGUACGGGGACUACUUUGGCAUCGCUGUGGCCGGGUACCCCGAGGCGCACCCGGACGCGAUCGUGGAGGACCCGGAGGAGAUGAAGAAGAACUACCAGGCGGACAUCGAGUACCUGAAGAAGAAGCUGGAGGCCGGCGCGGACUUCGUGGUGACGCAGCUGUUCUACGAGACGGGCCAGUUCGUGCAGUGGGUCAAGGACUGCCGGGCCGCGGGCAUCACCGCGCCGAUCGUGCCGGGGAUCAUGCCCAUCAUGGCGUACGGCGGGUUCCGCCGCAUGACCGGCUUCUGCAAGACGAAGAUCCCGAAGGACAUCGACGAGAAGAUGGAGAGCUUGAAGGAGGACGACGCCGGCGUGAAGCAGUUCGGCAUGGAGCUGGGGUCCAAGAUGGUGAAGGAGAUCCUGGACUCGGGGGCGGCCAACGGCGUGCACAUGUACACGCUCAACCUCGAAAAGUCGGCCGUCGGAAUCCUCGAGCGGGUCGGCCUCGUCAAGCAGCCGGUCGCGGCCUGA